GGCCCCCGGUAUCUGGGAAACCGUGGGAGGCCCAAAACCGGCAGCAUCUCAUCCCCAGUUUUCUCCCAUCUCAAUCUUUCAGCCAGCCUCUAUAUAUACACACUCUCCUUCCAGCUUUGUUAUCAAGCUCGCCAAAGCAAACAACUUUCCUCCCUUCAUAUCUUCCUCAAAUUCAGAGUACUCAGAGAGAGAGAGAAGAGAUGUGUUCUGCAAGCACGGCUUCUUUGAUCGUGGCAGCGAGCAUGGGUGCGGUGGAAGCCCUCAAGGACCAAGGAGGGCUGUGCCGUUGGAACUAUGCCAUCAGAUCUCUCAACCAGCAAGCCAAGAACAACAUCCGUUCCUUCCCUCGGACCAGGAGGGUGUCUUCUUCUUCUUCUUCUUCUUCUGACAUUGAGAGGAGGAAAGGAUCUGAGGGGGCUGAUGAGAAGGCCAAGCGAUCGGAGGAGGCGCUGAGAAAAGUCAUGUACUUGAGCUGUUGGGGUCCUAAUUAGGACUUCAGAAGCAGGGGAGACCCAAAGAUAAAACAAGUCUUUGUUUGGGUGUCUCCGCAUCUGACUAUUUUAGUACUUUGUAAAUAUGAUGAGCCUUGAGAUAUACUGCGAUUUUUGGAAA